GAGGGGGUGGGCAGGGUGUAGGAGGUAAGAAAAAGGUUCGUCGGAGAAAAAGGUUCGUCAUCGUCGUGGUGAUCGGGGCUCGGUCCAUAUCGCUGGUCGCGCCCUCUUCGGCCCACUGCUCUCCAGGAUGGGGACCUUAAGAGACACCCUCAGCACCCGAAGGGUGCCCGCCUAUUGCUGCCACAUCGGGGGCUGCGAUCGGGUGUUCGACUCCCUGCCGGGCUACGUGCGUCACUACCAGACGCUGCACCAGAAUGCCUGCUCCUUCUGCCGCCGCUCGUUCCCCUCGGAUCAGCUGCUGGACAUCCACCUCCUGGAGCGCCAUGGCACCGUGCCGUCUUCGCCCACCCGGGCGGCGGCCGCGCGGGAGCGCCGCCCCAUCCCCUUCUACUACCAGUGCCCGGUGUGGGGCUGCACCGACAAGUUCAUGAGCCCCGAGGAGCAGACGGACCAUCUGAUCCGCAUCCACCACUACCCGGCUCAUCUCUGGUUCGACUCCCCCCCGGACAGCCAGAGUUCCGGCCAGCAGGGCUCCGCAUCCUCUGCAUCGGCCUCUGCGGGGUCCGCCUCCGAGGCUGCUGCUAAGGAAUCUACUUCGGCCUCUGCAUCCGGGGCCUCUGCCGCCGGGGCAUCGGCUUCUACAGCCUCGGUCUCCCAGGCCUCUGGGGAGGGAGGAGGAGCAAUCGGAGGGGAGGGUGCCCAGGAGCAGGAGGAGGCUAUGGAGGAGACAGUGGAGGAACCUGAGGAGGAGCCUGUGGAAGAGGCCGACGAUGAGCCCGAUGAGGAGCCCAUGGGGGAGGACAUGGGGGAGGACGACGACGACGCUCCCGAGUCAGAGGCUAGUGACCCCGAGCCUCCCGAGGACGAGAUCUCCAGCCUCAGUGGCCCUACAAUUGGCUUUGGCCCGGGUGCGGCUGGAGGAUUUGAUAGUGCAGAGGAAAGUAACACUGAGGACCACUGAGCACCUACAGGGCUGGGCUGUUCCCUGGGGCCAUGAAGCAGGACCCCUUCCCAUCCCCCACCCCUACCACCCAGAAGCAUGCUUUCUGGGCUUAGAGCAGCCCCAGAGGUGCCCUGAUUGGCCUGGGGGUGCUGCUUCCUUGGUCUGCAUUUAUCUCGAGCCCCUGACGAAGUUGGGGCCGGCCAAGCACCUCUUGGACCCGGCUGAGUCCAGCCCAGGCCUCUUCCCCUCUUCCCUCCUUGCCCCCUCCUCCCACCAGAGGACCCCUCGUCUGUCUUUGUGUUUGUCUUGUCAGUCUGUGAAGCACAGGCCCCUGGUGUGCCCGCCAGGAAUUCCUGGAGGACACUCAAGACUAUCUCCUGGUGCAGCUGUGCCUGCUUCAGGCUGUCUUGAGGUACCUUCUAGGGACUUCUCCUCAUCCCUGUGAACCUAAAUAAAGUCUGUGUAAGCAACCCCA